CGCAACACAGGCAUUCGUCAGUGACCGGAAAAGUCACAUCCGUGCUGAUACAGAUCACUGUCAAUGCUCUGAAGAUAACCCACAGCCCUCAAAUUCAAACCCAGUAACGGUCAACGACCUUCCUGCGGAGGUGCUGGUAUAUAUCUUCGAGAUCGUUCAGAUGAAACAUCGGCAGGACGGUUCUCGUGCAUGGGACAGUUACCCUUGGACGUAUGUCUCUUGGGUCUGCCGAUAUUGGAGAUGGAUCGCACACACCUCGCCCGCAUUAUUGACGACGGUAUGGAUCGAUGUGGGAGACCGGAAUUGGUGCAAACUCGCGUGGGUAGCAGCGUCCCUCGAACGAGCUGCAGGAGCGCUGCUUGAUGUUUCGGUCGUCCUAAGGCCAUCUGGCGUCGAGUCCUGGGACACCAUACGCGACCUUCUUCUACCCUCUGUCUCUGCCAUCCGCCGGUUCGUAUUCACCUUCUAUUACGGCGAUGGUGGCCUCAGCGACGUCUCAAGCCUAGCCUUGUUUAUUGCUUCCAUGACCAGCCUAGAGGUUUUGCGGUUGGACGACGACAGCUCGGAGCAUCCCUCGAGCGAGAUGCUCCUACAGCUCCCUACCUCACAGCUGCAAAAGCUUCGCGUACUGGAACUCACGAACCUCCUCCUUCCCACUAGUCCCAACCUCUCGGAGUGCCGCUCCUUGCGGUCCCUGAGUAUCAAGGAUGUCUUCCCGCAUCCCAACGCUGUUGAUCUACUCUCUAUCUUGUUAGACUGUCCUCACCUCGAAACACUUGCAGUCGUUCUUCGUCCCGAUACCACUCUGAUCACAGAUCGACUCCAUAGUCUCAUCCCUUCGGUGGACAUGCCGUCACUCCGGUUCCUCUUGAUCCAGGGAAAGCUAGCAGACAUCGUCCACGUCUGCGACCGGAUUCGUGUUCCGCCAACAUGUAUCAUAGACGUUUUCGACCGUUCGGCUGGUCGGCCCUUUCCUCCGGGUGUGGAGAGCAUGAUGUCUAUUGUACUUCCCAAGCAGACCGUCUUUCGCUCUGUCAUCUCUGCUUGCACGGGCAUCUCCCUGGACUUCCGCUGCCACAAGUGGGAGUUCAAAAUGAGCGGCUCAGAUGGUCAACCGCGCGUCAGCAUCACCCAUUUCCCCAUUUUAGGUACUUCGACUAUCACGCCGGUAUGGGAAGACUUCAUGCGCAUGCUGUCAACCGUAGCCAUCACCGAGUUCACCUUCGCCUACGAUAGGCUGCACGAGAUCACUGUGGACAUGUGGAGCGACUCCCUGUCGCGGAUGCCGACGUUGCAGGUGCUAUGCGUACUCGGGGGUUUUGUAGACACGCAGGGGUCCGCAACAUUCCCAACAGCUAUGUUCGAAGCUAUAUCUACCGUGUCGACAGCUACGGGAACAGCACAGUGCCCGCUCCUGCGUGGGCUUUUCUUCGCGAACCUGGUGCUUGAUCGAAUUACGGAAGAGGCCUUUCUCCGUGCAUUGCAGCGUCGGGAAUCCGUAGGCCGACGGCUCGAGCAGGUCUGCUUCUUGGAUUGUUUUCGCACCAAUCUUGUUGGAGAGGACUUCAAGGAGCGCAUGCAGGAAUAUGUGGACGUACGUGUGAUGUACCCAUUGUCCUUGGAGGAUGCAUUUCGGGUGGUUGAUCAGAGAGCACCAACGACUCGGAGCAGGGGGAGGGGGAUGUUCAAUUUCUUGACUCGGUUGCUGUCGCGAAGUUCCUAGGACACAGCCGAAGCAGGAGUACAAUGUCUGAUUGUCGGACAGGAAGCAAACUGCUGCCCGUAGAUAGCCUGUUCUCCAAUUCAG